ACCUGUAGUAGGACAGUACUGAUAUUGUCAUCGUCUUCUCCCAAAUGGUUCUUAGUUUUGUUUUAAACCCAAAACUGGUGUGAUGGUAAACUCAUGCCACUGUGAAACCAUAAAGUAUUUUGACAAAUUCUAAAUUAUAUCAGUGUUGCUGUAGAGCAUAGGCCUACAACUUUUAUUUAUUUUUUUAUCCCCUUUUUCUCCCAAUUUGGAAUGCCCAGUUCCUGCUACUUUAGUAGAUCCUUGUGGUGGCAUGGUUACUCACCUCAAUGUGGGUGGCGGAGGACAAGUUUCAGUUGCCUCCACUUCUGAGACCGUCAAUCCUCGCACCUAAUCACGUGGCUCAUCAUGCAUGACACCAAGUCAAUAUUAUUUGUCAUUUAUUUAUUUAUUUGGUUAGCAGCCAUGUAAUAAGUGGAAUAAUGUAUGGUCAGCCAGUUGUUAUUCGCAAAAUAAAUCCCAUCAGGGUGAUACAAGUCCCCUCUGCUUCACGUCGGGAUCCUGAUCACCUUGUCGGUGUUUAUUUUACGAAAACAACCAACUGACUGUACUUAUAAAACAGAUAGUCCUGAUCUUGGAUGCUGGUUGGUCAAUAGCCAUGCUUUAUUCAUAAUAAAGCACAGUUAUGACCUCUUCACUGAACUACUAUAGCUGAUUGUUAUUUUUGUUGCAAAGUAACUUCUUGUUUUACUGUCAGUGACACUGUGGUUCUCAAUGUGCAUUCUUAUGUGUUUUUACGUUCUUGUGGACCGAUUCAACAUCAUCAUCUACUGGCAAAAAAAAAAAAAAAAAACAGAAAAUAAAUUAGAUAUAAGGCUGUUUAAUCUACAUACCGCAGCAUCUCAAAACAUAAACAUAAAGCGUUCUACGUCCUAUCCUUUCGAGCAGUGGCGAUUUCUCAGGGCCAGCAAAUCCUUCUCUGCUGGCGUAACAUGCGUAAAAAAAAAAUUUUUUUCAUCCUUUCAUUCUCAUUGACCUUUUUGCCUAUGAAUUUUCAAUCGCUUUCAACUCCUAAUUAAUCUACAAACAAAUAGGAAAAAACAAAAAGUUUAUCCAAUCAGAAUUUAUUCCUCGAUGCUUACAAGCGAAGUGUGACAACUGUUUCACAAAUCACAUGCCCGAAGCCAUGCUCCUUAGCCAAAGCAGCGCAUGAGUCUGAGCUCAAUCCCGUCAGGCCUUCAGAAUUUCCACAGAAUCCCUCAACACUGCAGUGAAUAGGCAUCUAAAGUCAGAUUGUCAGAUUCGUCAGCCAAUCAGAUUGAUUUAUUUGUUCUUGGUGGGUGUGAUCUUUAGGAUAUGUCCCGGUCGAGACCUUCAAGCUGGCCUUGAAUGACGCAAUCACGCUUUAAGUGAUGUACUUAAUUUGAAAGUGAAGAGUGCGAGAUCUUGCUGACGAGUCGGCUGUCAUCACUGGUGGUAUUGCCAUUGAGAAAGAGAUCCUUAUGUAUUUAAAAACCUGAGAUCUUAUGCAUGAUCGUGCGACUGAUUAAUUAAACAGUAAAGGAGGGCUGAUUUUCACUUCAAGCAAAUUAGUAAGUGCUUUUUGCAUUUUUAUAGCAACAUCAGGGGUUUUCUCCUGAAGCUGCUUGAGCAUUCAGUGUCUGAUCAAGUUUUGAAAAGUAACCGUGUACCCUGACGAAACAAAAUGUAUUGCAAGCAACAUUUAAAUCGCAAAUAUUAGAUAGCUUUUUCUUGGUAUUAGACCUCCUUGGUUCUGGCUUUCGUGUGUGGACAUGUUUUUAAAAUGUCAAUUGGUAUUAUUAGUUGAAUGUCACAUAAUGUAUGAUAGGCAUACGGUGUCUUAUCAUUGUGAAACUGUGUUUUCUUAAUGACAUGAAUCGCACUGAAGGCCUAGACUUAAAAUGUACAGGCCGCCACUGCUUCCAAGUUAGUUUUUUCAAGGUAGCUAGGCAAGAACGGUCUUCAGGAGAAAGCAUGUCCAUAAUUUACGUUCUUAGCAUUGAGCAACAGUGUUCUAACGUAAGGAUGGCAUUUCAUGAUUUUACAUGAAUAAUAACAUUUUAAGAAACAUUUGUCUUCUUAAUAUAUGAAUCAUGUGGUAACCUUUUUAUGAAAGCAAAAAAGGCAUUUGAGAAUGUGCCAUAUUGUGAAUUUCAUGUAAAUUUCAAUGAGUGACCUCUUGUGCCCAUUUGUCUUUGUCAGUGUUUGGCCAAAAACAGAGAUGGCGGGUCACACUCAGCAGGGAAACCUGACUGAGUACAAGAAGAGUCUGAUCAAGCGGGACUUGGAGAUGGGGAUCGUGAUGACAGUGUACAGACAGAGAAUGGAGAGGCUAACUGUGCAGGUUAUUAUGGAGACCAGACAGGUGGCCUGGACGCGUACCGCUGACAAGACUGAAGGAGUGUUGGACCUUUUUGAGAUCCGGGAAGUACGACCAGGAAAAAACUCCAAGGACUUUGACCGAUUCAAGGACAGAAAUACAGACCAAAACACAUGCUUUACCAUAUUCUACGGCUCUCAGUUUGUUCUAAACACUCUCAGUCUGGGUGCUGAUUCAGUGGAGGAUGCAGAAAAAUGGCUGACAGGACUGGAGUUACUCAGACAGGAGACACUGGCGGCUCACACACCAGAGAUUAUAGAGAGUUGGCUAAGGAAGCAGAUGUACUCUGUUGGUCAGACAAAGAAAAACAGUAUCUCCCUGAAAGAGCUCAAGUCUCUUUUGCCACAGAUGAACAUUAAAAUACAAGGUGGACGUUUUCUGAAGGACAGGGUUGCGGCGGUGGGAGCAAAGAAAGAAGUCCUGGAUUUUGAGCAGUUUCACAAAUUCUACAAUCUUUUGACAUUUGAAAACCAGAAGAUGAUACUAGAUGAGUUUAAAAAGGAGUCCUGUUCUUUCAUCAUGGGACUGUUUUGGUAUGCGUUUCUUUGCAGUAACACCGAUCAACCUGUGCAGCUCUCCGAUUUUCAAAGAUUUCUUUUGUAUCAGCAGAGAGAGACUUGGGCCAACAAUGUAAAUCAGGUGCGAGAGUUGAUGACCAUCUUCAUCGAUGAUACCAUGAGAAAAACCAAUGAUCCAGUCUUUACCGUUGAAGAGUUCCUCAGUUUUCUCUUUUCCAAAGAAAACUCUAUUUGGGAUGAGAAGUUCUCAGAGAUAUGUCCACUGGAAAUGAACAACCCUCUGUCUCACUACUGGAUCAACUCUUCACACAACACAUAUUUAACUGGUGAUCAACUGCGCAGUGAGUCAUCAACAGAAGCUUAUGUACGCUGCCUGAGGCUGGGUUGCCGCUGCAUUGAGUUGGACUGCUGGAACGGUCAAGAUGAACCUAUCAUAUACCACGGCUGGACCAGAACCUCGAAGAUAAAGUUUAAGGAUGUGGUGAAGGCCAUUAAUGAGCAUGCUUUUGCAACAUCUGAGUACCCUGUGGUGCUGUCCAUAGAAGAACACUGUGAUCUCAAGCAGCAGAAAAUAAUGGCUAAGGAGUUCAAAGAGGUUUUCCAGGACAAACUCCUGACUGAUCCUCUGGAACCAGAGGCCCAACUACUGCCCUCACCAACCCAGCUAAAGGGCAAGAUCAUCAUCAAGCACAAGAAACUGAAUAUUGAUGAAACCAUUGGCAAAAAGGAUACACGGAAAGGUGAUAAGCAGGGAGAGCUUUUCAUCUGGGAUCCAAUAGAUGAGAGAUGGUAUAAGCACUACUGUGUGAUCGAAAAUAAGAUGUUGUACUAUGCUGAAGAGAAUGAACUAGAGGAGGACAUUGGAAAGGGUACAGAUCUUCAUCAGUCAGAGCCCUGGUUUCAUGGCAGGAUGUCAGAGGGCAGACAGACAGCCGAGAGACUGCUGCAAGAAUAUUGUGCAGAAUCAGGGGGGGUUGACGGAACAUUUCUGGUGCGAGAGAGUGACACGUUUGUCAACGAUUGCACCCUGUCAUUCUGGCGCAGUGGAAGAGUUCAGCAUUGUCGAAUCCGCUCCUGCAUAGAUGGAGGACACACUGUCUAUUUCCUCACAGACAACCUGCAUUUCCCCAGUGUGUAUGCCCUCAUCCAGCAUUACAGAGAAAACCUGCUGCGCUGUCAGGAUUUCAACCUGCGUCUCACUGAAUUUGUGCCUCGACCAGGCCAGCACCUGCAUGAAGGGUGGUUUUACAGUAACCUGAGUCGAGGUGAGGCAGAAGACUAUCUGUUGAGGAUCCCUCGGGAUGGAGCCUUCCUCAUCAGACAGAGGGAAGAUUCAGACUCUUACGCCAUCACAUUCAGAGGUGAAGGGAUGGUGAAGCACUGUCGGAUACACAAAGAGGGCUGUAUGUAUGUGCUGGGUACCUCAAGUGAGUUCGAGAGCCUGGUGGAACUGGUUGACUAUUUCCGAAAAAAACCUCUUUAUCGGAAGAUCAAACUGCGUUACCCUGUGACGCCAGAACUAGUGGAGCGAUUUAGUUCGAUAAACAUAUCUGCUUCACUUUAUGAAUCGAAACAGUAUGUGGAGGCCAAUGAGAUUGAGCCGUCUCUGCCCCAAAGCACAGUGAAAGCCAUAUAUGACUACAAGGCCAUGCGACCAGAUGAACUUAGCUUUUACAAGGGUGCUUUGAUCCAUAAUGUGAACAAGGAGGCCAAUGGAUGGUGGAAAGGAGACUAUGGAGGGAAACUGCAGCACUAUUUUCCAUCAAAUUAUGUAGAAGAAGUGGCCAAUUCCUCAUCUGAGGCCAAUUACCAGACUGAUGAGGAAAAUCCAUUAGGUGACUUAUGUAAAGGGAUAGUGGACAUCUCAAAGUGUACUGUUGUUCGCUCAGCCAAACAUGGCAAGCCUGUGGUGGUGACAUUGCAGAAUAAGGAAAAUAAAGAGAACAUGAUGCCAUUUGAUUUGGCUACCGAGACCACUGAGGAACUGUACGAAUGGUAUCAGGUGGCCUGGGACAUCACACAGAGAGAGGAAAACCAAAAGUUUGAGAAAAAAAAACAGGAGGAGGUUGAGAGCAAAGAGGUGGUGGCCAGUGAGAUGUCAGAUUUAGUGGUUUACUGCCAGCCUCGUAGCAAAGAUAAGGACCGCUUUGGUACAGUCACAGGCACAGACAAUUAUACCUACAAGGAGGUCCGCUCCUUCAUAGAGAAUAAGGUACCCAGCAAAAGCAAGUCAAAAGAUUUUAUGAUGUAUAACCGCAAGGCACUGAGCCGCAUCUACCCUAAAGGCCAACGGGUGGAUUCCUCCAACUAUGACCCGUAUCCUCUGUGGAUGUGUGGCUGCCACAUGGUGGCACUUAACUUUCAAACUGCAGAUAAGUACACUCAACUGAACAGCGCCCUCUUCAGUCUGAACGGAGGCACAGGAUAUGUGCUCCAGCCUGAACUGAUGCGGUCAGAUAUUUAUGACCCUUAUCAGGAGAAGAAGAAUGUCAAAUAUACCAUCACCAUUAGAGUGAUAGCAGCACGACAUCUACCCAAACCUGGUCGCAGCAUUGCCAGCCCCUUUGUGGAAAUUGAACUGUGUGGCCAGACAGAUGACAACAAAUUCAAGACUAUUGUUUGCCAUGAUAAUGGUCUGAACCCUGUGUGGCUUGGGCCGCACCAUCAGCCUUCAGAGACAGUUACUUUCAACGUGUAUGAGCCAGACCUCACCUUUUUACGCUUCGUGGUCUUUGAGGAGGACAUGUUCUCUGACCCCAAUUUCCUGGCCCAGGCAACUUACCCUGUGAAAGGUGUUCGUACAGGUUAUCGGUCUGUCCCUUUGAAGAACGGGUUCAGUGAAAACCUGGAGCUUGCAUCUCUUCUGGUGUAUGUUGAUAUACAGCAGGUGGAGAAAGCACAGGAAGAGCUCUACUGCUCCUCAAAGCAACUGCAAAAGAAGCAGGCAGAGUUAAGCGGCGAAUUCUGCCUUUACGACACUCACUCCAACCUGCAGCGUGCCACAGCCCCUCAUCGCCGUGACGACCUCUCGCAGGAGUUCACAUACACUGAGAAAAAGUGAAUGUACGAAGUUGUUUGUUCAUUUAUAGAUGCAUCACACUUUCAGUGAUGAUAUUCAUAUCUGUCCAUCAAUCUCUCUCUGCAGGAUAAAUAAACAGCAAAAAAUAAACAACAGCAAGUUCUACUCAUGAGGAAAAAAAACUGUUGAAUGUCUAGCUCCCUCCCUCCCUGAUUGUAAUGUUCUUAAGAGUCUCUUCCUCUCAGCUCUGCUGCUCUAUUACUGCUGGUGUCCUAACAGGCCACAAAGAUGGGACACUGCAGCCAACUCACUUUUGUACACAAACAGGAAUAAAUCAGUGAAGUCUCUUUGGAAGUCAUAAAAUGUCAGCUAAAUGAUCGAUCUGACUUCCAAGAGCGGUAAACCUCUUUAAAUUGGGUUAAAACUGGAUGAAGGAUUUUUGUGUUAACUGUGAAACUGUUAAUCAACUGUCUUAAUCAGAUUGUAUCAUUUCUCAUUCAUGUACAGUUGUGCUCAAAAGUUUGCAUACCCUUGGAGAACUGGUAAUACAUGUACCAUUUUUAAAGAAAACAUGAGUGAGCAGGCAAAACACAUUUCUUUUAUUUCUUAUGGGAUUCAUAUUCAACUGUAGGUUAUAACAGAAUGGCACAAUCAUAAAACAAAACAUGGCAACAAUGAAAAAAAUGAAAUGACCCCUGUUCAAAAGUCUGCAUACCCUUAGUUCUUAAUAUGGUGUAUUGCCUCCUUUAGCAUCAAUAACAGCAUGCAGUCUUUUGUAAUAGUUGUCUAUGAGGCCCCAAAUUCUUGCAGGUGGUAUAGCUGCCCAUUCGUCUUGGCAAAAUACCUCCAGGUCAUGCAAAGUCUUUGGUCGUCUUGCAUGAACUGCACGUUUGAGAUCUCCCCAGAGUGGCUCAUUGAUAUUAAGGUCAGGAGACUGUGAUGGCCACUCCAGAACCUUCACCUUUUUCUGCUGUAACCACUGGAGAGUCAACUUGGCCUUGUGCUUAGGGUCAUUGUCGUGCUGGAAAGUCCAAGAGCGUCCCAAGCGCAGUUUUCGUGAAGAAGAAUGCAAAUUGUCUGCCGGUAUUUUCUGAUAACAUGCUACAUACAUCUUGCCAUCAAUUUUCACAAGAUUCCCCGUGCCUUUAGAGCUCACACACCCCCAAAACAUCAGUGAGCCACCACCAUGCUUCACAGUGGGGAUGGUAUUCUUUUCACUAUAGGCCUUGUUGACCCCUCUCCAUACAUAGCGCUUACGGUUGUGACCAUAAAGCUCUAUUCUGGUCUCAUCACUCCAAAAUACAGUGUGCCAGAAGCUGUGAGGCGUGUCAAGGUGUUGUCGGGCAUAUUGUAACCGGGCUUUUUUGUGGCAUUUACGUAGUAAAGGCUUCUUUCUGGCAACUCGACCAUGCAGCUCAUUUUUGUUCAAGUAUCGUCGUAUUGUGUUCCUUGAAACAACCACACCAUCUUUUUCCAGAGCAGCCUGUAUUUCUCCUGAGGUUACCUGUGGGUUUUUCUUUGUAUCCUGAACAAUUCUUCUGGCAGUUAUGGCUGAAAUCUUUCUUGUUCUACCUGACCUUGGCUUGGUAUCUAGAGAUCCCGGAAUUUUCCACUUCUUAAUAAGUGAUUGAACAGUAUUGACUGGCAUUUUCAAGGCUUUGGAUAUCUUUUUAUAUCCUUUUCCAUCUUUAUAAAGUUCCAUUACCUUGUUACGCAGGUCUUUUGACAGUUCUUUUCUGCUCCCCAUGGCUCAGUAUCUAGCCUGCUCAGUGCAUCCACGUGAGAGCUAACAAACUCAUUGACUAUUUAUACACAGGCACUAAUUGCAAUUUAAAAAGCCACAGGUGUGGGAAAUUAACCUUUAAUUGUCAUUUAAACCUGUGUGUGUCACCUUGUGUGUCUGUAACAAGGCCAAACAUUCAAGGGUAUUUAAACUUUUGAUCAGGGCCAUUUGGGUGAUUUCUGUUAUCAUUAUGGUUUAAAAAGGAGCCAAACAAAUAUGUGAUAAUAAAUGGCUUCAUAUGAUCACUAUCCUUAAAUAAAAGACAGUUUUUAUGCAUGAUCAGUUAUAUUUUCAAAAUCAAUGCCAGUAUUUCACAAUUUCUGCCAGUGUAUGCAAACAUUUGAGCACAACUGUAUUUGAAACUGUAUUAGACUCUUCAUUACUGUCCUUUUGAAAAUAAGGAAUUCGUUAUUGAAAUAACAUAAGCAAGGCAUGUUAUUUAUUUAGUUUCUUUUCUUGUUUCUUGUUUUCAUUGGUUUGGUCAGAUAUUAACAUAAUAAAACAGAAGGUAAAGGUG